AUGUCAACAUUUGGGACGCUUUUCCGUGUAACGACGUAUGGCGAGUCCCACGGAUGCUCAGUCGGGUGUAUUGUUGAUGGAGUGCCGCCUGGACUGAUGCUGACAGCGGAUGACAUCCAGCAGCAACUCUGGCGGCGGCGUCCGGGGCAGUCGAGGCUUACGACGCAGAGAAUAAACAGUUUUGGGCUGGACAGAGGUGUUUUGCCCGGUUUUCCCAAGUCUGGGUGGUUUGCAAGCCAUGUACGGCUUUGCACGGCUUCUACAGGGUGUUUUAUGGGGUUUUACGAUGUUUUACGGGGUUUGCAUGGCCUUUGUGCGUUUUUUCCGGCUUUUUUGCGCAGAUUUGCAUGGUCUACAUGUGUUUGUAAGGCACUGUGUGUUUUUGUGCUGUUUUAUACGGGUUUUGCACUGCUUUGCAUGCUUUUGCUUGAGAUUUGCAUGAUUCUGCGCCUAGAACAGGACCUUGUGGAGAUUGAAUCAGGUGUAGAAGGGGGUGUGACGCUGGGAACGCCGAUAGCAUUAAGAAUACGCAAUGAAGAUGCAAGAAAACAUGAUUAUUUGUCUGUGUGCAAGUAUCCACGGCCAGGACAUGCAGAUCUAGUAUAUUUGUGCAAAUACGGAUGCCAUGCAAGCAGUGGAGGGGGGCGUAGCAGUGCACGGGAGACUGCAGCGCGUGUGGCUGCAGGGGCAAUUGCAGAAAAGUAUCUUCGGGAGGUUUGUGGGAUUGGAAUUGUAGCCUUUGUCUCGUCCAUUGGGCGUAUCCAUAUGGAUUUGGAGGCAAUGCAGCGACAGACGCUGCAAGAGAAGCAGAAAUCAGGGCAGCAAGAGCAUCUAGAAACGCAGCUAGGGGCACAACAAGCAAUGCACUUAAGGAGGAGUGCUAAGGAGGAAAAUGCUUGUAAAGGUGUGCUAGAAAAUGCUCAGGAUGGAGCUGAAAAAGAAAAAGAUUAUUUGGAUGAGGAUAGAUCAGACGAGGAAGAAGUUGUGACAGCGGAAUUUUUGUCAUUUUUGGCUGGAAUAACACAGGAACAAGUAGAUAAGUCUCUGGUACGAUGCCCAGAUGCAGUGGCAAGUGCGAAGAUGAUAGAGCGCGUGGAACGGGCUCGACAGUGUGGGGAUUCUGUUGGAGGAACGGUUACAUGUGUUGUUAGGAAUCUCCCGGUGGGUUUGGGUGAACCGUGCUUUGAUAAGCUUGAAGCAAAGCUUGCACAUGCAAUGCUUUCAAUUCCGUCGACCAGGGGCUUUGAGAUUGGCUCUGGAUUUAAGGGUUCUGAAACAUCAGGAUCAAAACAUAACGAUAUUUAUGUUUUGGGACAGCAAGUGCAGAACCAAGGGGCGUCUGUAAUACCGUCACGGACAGCAUUGCGGACGGCUACGAAUAAUUCAGGAGGAGUUUUGGGAGGUAUUUCGAAUGGUGAACAUGUUUUUUUCAAAGUUGCAUUUAAGCCCCCAGCAAGUAUUGGGAAGCCUCAGGCAACUGCGAUGUAUGAUGGUGUUGAGGGUGUUCUUGAAAUUCAAGGACGGCACGAUCCAAAUGUUGUGCCCCGUGCUGUUCCAAUUGUUGAAUCAAUGACUGCAUUGGUUAUUAUGGAUGCUCUUAUGAUCCAAUUGUCUCGACAGACUGCUCGCAGCUUUUUGCCAUCUAUGGACAAGAGGAUAUUAUGA